AUGAAUGACACCCCUCGACCCAGGAAUGACACCCCUAGACCCAUGAAUGACACCCCUCGACCCAGGAAUGACACCCCUAGACCCAUGAAUGACACCCCUCGACCCAUGAAUGACACCCCUCGACCCAUGAAUGACACCCCUCGACCCAUGAAUGACACCCCUCGACCCAUGAAUGACACCCCUCGACCCAUGAAUGACACCCCUCGACCCAUGAAUGACAACCCUCGACCCAUGAAUGACAACCCUCGACCCAUGAAUGACAACCCUCGACCCAUGAAUGACACCCCUCGACCCAUGAAUGACAACCCUCGACCCAUGAAUGACACCCCUCGACCCAUGAAUGACACCCCUCGACCCAUGAAUGACACCCCUCGACCCAUGAAUGACACCCCUCGACCCAUGAAUGACACCCCUCGACCCCAUGAAUGA